AUGGAAAAACAGUUCGCAGCUCUAAACUUUGAUACAUCGCCCGAGCCCCUUGAUUCUCUUACGGAGACCGAGAAUUCCCAAACCCCCCUGCAAUCCUCGUCAACACACACGGACUAUGAUACGAACCGACAAUGCCCCGUGUUCACGCAGGAAGUUGACCCUCUCCUCAUCAAGACGUCGCUUGAGGACCGCAUCGCAUAUCUCACGGACUUCCUCGGCUUCACCUCGCGAGACGCCGAUCUUAUAAGCAAGAUAGCGCCCUCCGUGCACGAUGUCAUCCCCUCCAUGGUUGAUGGCAUGUAUGCCAAGCUAUUUGAGUUCGACAUCACGAAGAAGGUUUUCAUGACCCGUAACCAGGGCUUUGACGGGCCCUUGCCCCAGACGCUGGAGGAGUUGACGUUGGACAGCGCGCAGAUUGUGUUCCGGAAGGUGUUCAUGAAGGCGUGGGCGCGGCGCGUCCUAACGGCCGACUACAGCAACGGUAAAACGUGGGCGUACAUGGACAAGGUUGGCAUUAUGCAUACGGGUGCUUCGCCGUUCAAGCACCAGCGGACGAUGGGCAUCGCCCCCCUCAAUGUUCCCUAUCGAGACAUCGCUCUCAUGCUCGGCUGGAUUCAGUCGAUAUUGCAUUCGGCCAUCCUGCAGAUACCGGAAAGUGUCUGCUCUGCUACCGAGAAGGUUGAGGCCGUCGUGGCUAUCAACAAGGUGCUCUGGAUACAAAAUGACCUGUUCUCUCGUCACUACAUCGGCGAUUAA